AUGGUCGGCUUCUCCAUUGGCCGCAAGACGUUAUGGCAGUAUUCACAUAGCGCGUCUAUUUUGUUUGCAGUUCUACUCUUCACCGCCGGCUUCCUAUGUACCCUGCUAUGGACUAAUAACCUUGUUCGUACUGAAACGAGUGCUGGAGACGCUUCUACAAGUACAUUUACACAGUUUAGUCCGGCGGUCUCGACCUUUAGUAUCACCUACCAAGUGGCAAUCUUCGGUACAGCGUGGAAUGCGAUCCUCUUUGUCACGCUGCUCGUCCUGGAGCGCGACGCUUUGCCCAUGUCGACAGUGCGUCUACGUUAUGAGGUCGAGAAGGCGGCGUGCAUUGUUGCCGUUGCUGGGAAUGCUGUCUAUUCCGUCGCUUGCAUAGCGUUGAUGGCGACGCUUGCACGAUUGGCGGCCGACGCCAGCUCAACACCACAGAAUGAUACUGAUUUGGCGAGGAAGGUGGCCUCCAGCGCCGCUGAUCGACGAGCAGGCCAAGGCGCGACUGCCGCUUUCGCAGGUCUCGCAGCAGCUGCGGCAGUGUGGGCGUGUGUCAUGGAUUGGUUGCAUGCGCAAAACAGUCGUCACAGACGUAUCAUCAAAGACGAGCCGCUGAGCCCCAGGCCCGACGUAGGCAAGCAGGCAUAG